AUUGAGCUAAACCAUUGCAUUCUGAACCACAUAGCAGACCACACGUGAGUUAGUACGGCUCUAGCGAUCAACAGAAAUGACGGUAGCCUAAACCGCAACAGGCAUCUAUUUGAACUUGGUGCAAAGUGCAGGCGGUAGUUCGUUGCACGGGCAGACAUGUGCAUUUGGGACCUGUAGCAUCAACUCCAACGGAUCGCCUUUCUGAAACUUCUGACUUCAUUUUUUGCAUCAUUUUUUGCGUCUUUUUCCAAGGACUUGCAAGUGCAUGCAUGGGCUUUAUCGCUUGGUUUAGGGGCUACCAAAAAGGCUAUAUCCUAACAGUUAGAUCAUCGGAACAGCCAGCCUACAUGGUCUGGUAAUUUGUUUAUGAAAGGUAUCCUGGCACACAGUCUGACAUUAUUGACUGGGCAGACAUUUCGUGUGAUGGGACUCUCCAAACUCUGAAGGAGUGCAUCUGAAUUGGGAAGAGAGGGUAGUGGACAAAGAACACUGGGAAACCAGAGGAAGAGAGGAGGAGGAGAAAAAUGGAGGCCAUAUCUUUAGAUCAGUCUGCGACGGUGGAUGAGCUGGUGGAAGCAUGCAUCCACGCCUUUGAUGAGACGGGCACUUUGAAGGACCCCUCCCUAGUGCGUAUGUUUCUUAUGAUGCACCCUUGGUACCUUCCCUCCAACGACAUGGCAAAGAAACUACUGCUCAAAUCACAGGAGGAAAGCAGCACUGCUGAGCUCAGGACAAGAAUCUGCCACUUGGUGAAGUACUGGAUCAGUGAGUUCCCAGCGGAGUUCAAUCUAAACCCAGAGCUGGCAGAGCAGAUCAAAGACCUCAAGGACCUCUUGACCACUGAGGGGAACGAGCGCCAGAGUCAGCUCAUCGACAUCGACAGCGUGCCAUCAUACAAGUGGAAGCGUCAGGUGACCCAGAGGCAGCCAUCCAUGUCUAAGAAGAGGAAGAUGUCUCUGCUGUUUGACCACCUGGACUCCAGCGAGCUUGCCACACACCUCACCUACCUGGAGUACAAGUCCUUCUGCAAGAUACUGUUCCAGGACUACCACAGCUUUGUGAUGCAUGGCUGCACGGUAGACAACCCCAUCCUGGAGCGCUUCAUCACCCUCUUCAACAGUGUGUCUCAGUGGAUCCAGCUGAUGGUGCUCAGCAAGCCCACCGCCCCCCAGAGGGCUGCAGUCAUCUCCCACUUCAUCAGGGUGGCUCAGAAACUGCUCCAGCUUCAGAACUUCAACACUCUGAUGGCCGUGGUGGGGGGGCUCAGUAACAGCUCUAUAUCUCGCCUCAAAGACACCCAAUCACACAUCAGCAACGAGACCAACAAGGUGUUCAACAGCCUGAUCGAACUGGUGACGUCGUGCGGCAACUACAGCCAGUACCGACGUCGCUUCUCCGACUGCACAGGCUUCCGUUUUCCUAUCCUGGGCGUGCACCUCAAGGACCUGAUCGCCGUGCACGUGGCGCUGUCCGACUGGGCCGACCCGGGCAAGAGCAGGGUCAACCUGGCCAAGAGCCAACAGCUGUAUGUUAUCCUCCAGGAGUUGGCUCUCAUCCAGACCACGCCACCCAGCAUCGAUGCCAACACAGACCUACUUAACCUACUUACGGUGUCUCUGGACCAGUACCACACAGAAGAGGAGAUCUACCAGCUGUCUCUACAGAAAGAGCCACGCAGUGCUAAACCGGCGAACUCCGGCUCCUCCCCUGCGCCUGCCCCCCAGCCAUCGAUGAUUGACGAGUGGGCUGCGUCGGUGAAGCCCAAAGCCGACCCUGCGGUCAUCAACAAACACAUAGAGAAGAUGGUGGAUUCUGUCUUCAAGAACUUUGACACUGACGGGGACGGUCACAUCUCCAGGGAGGAGUUUGAGAUCAUCAGGAACAACUUUCCCUACCUCAGCAAGUUUGGAGAACUGGACAAAAACCAAGAUGGGCAGAUCAGCCGGGAAGAGAUGAUCGACUACUUCAUGAAGGCCAGUUCUCUGCUCAACUGUAAGAUGGGCUUCAUCCACACCUUCACAGAGACCACCUACGUCAAACCCACCUUCUGUGAACACUGCACUGGCUUUAUAUGGGGCUUCUACAAACAGGGAUACAAGUGUAAAGCAUGUGGAAUUAAUUGUCACAAGGCGUGUCGAGGACGUCUGGCUGUGGAGUGUCGUAAACGGACCAAGAGCAUCAGCCAUGAGCAUGCCCCCUCCCUUCAGGCUCGCUCCUACAGCUUCCCGCCCCUGGCCAACACCCCACCAAGCCUACAGAACACAGUGAUUGUAGAGGAAGAUCUCCAUGCAGUGGAGGAAGGUGUGUUUGAUGUCCAUCUAUAACCAGAUGAUAACCAAUAGGCAGGCCCGGGCUGAUAUGUCCCUUCAGAAGUCCUACGUACUCUGGCAUUCAUACAGCCAAACACUGCCAGGAGGAAACAACAGUGGUCGGGAGCCAGAAGCCUGCUGGGGUCUGCUCAGCAGGGUACAACGUUACAUAACGCAGAUAGAAAUGUAUCAUCUAGUACAGAUUAUGAUUGUCUGUUGUGUAAAAGAGGGAAUCGUUUCAGCUCUAUCCAUUCCAUUUCUAUCUGCAACAUGCAGACAUGCCAUUAGGUAGAACAGAUAUGAUUGUCUGUUGUGUAAAAGAGGGAAUCGUUUCAGCUCUAUCCAUUCCAUUUCUAUCUGCAACAUGCAGACAUGCCAUUAGGUAGAACAGAUAUGAUUGUCUGUUGUGUAAAAGAGGGAAUCGUUUCAGCUCUAUCCAUUCCAUUUCUAUCUGCAACAUGCAGACAUGCCAUUAGGUAGAACAGAUAUGAUUGUCUGUUGUGUAAAAGAGGGAAUCGUUUCAGCUCUAUCCAUUCCAUUUCUAUCUGCAACAUGCAGACAUGCCAUUAGGUAGAACAGAUAUGAUUGUCUGUUGUGUAAAAGAGGGAAUCGUUUCAGCUCUAUCCAUUCCAUUUCUAUCUGCAACAUGCAGACAUGCCAUUAGGUAGAACAGAUAUGAUUGUCGGUUGUGUAGAAGAGAGAACAUUGUCCAUUUUAGUCAAGGCAUGUCACACACACACACACACACACACACACACACACACACACACACACACACACACACACACACACACACACACACACACACACACACACACACACACACACACACACACACACACACACACACACACACACACACACACACACACACACACACACACACAUAGCGAGAGAGAGAUGCCGCCACAUAGUGGAAAAAUACUGCAAAUGCAUACCUUACAUUUACUCAAGAUUUCAACUCCCUCAAUAUAAGUGAAUUUGUACAAAAUGUCUUUCUGUGUUAAAUAUAUAUUUUAAAAUGUGGAUGUAAGCCCAUGUUUUCAUAUCUCUUACCUAGUUUACACUGAAUAUAGAAAAUAAAUCACAUUGUGUUUAGUGUGAUGCUAUUA